ACGGAUAGCUGAUUUUGUUUUUGUUUUUUUAAAUUAGAAAUUCUUGAAUCAUUGAUCCGUUUUGUUUAGUUUUAGCUCGGUUCAUAAACAUCAUCAUCAUCAUCUGCAUUUAGAAGUGAAAACAACACAAAAUUUAAUUAUCAUAUUCAAAUAAACUGCUUCAAAAAAAAAAGAAGAAAAUGGCCGAUUAUGGACUAUCCGAUGAACAGGUAGCCGAAUUUAAAGAGGCAUUCAUGUUAUUUGAUAAAGAUUUAGAUGGUCGUAUAACGGCAACUGAAUUAGGUAUUGUAAUGCGUUCAUUAGGACAACGUCCAUCGGAUGCUGAAUUAAAAAAUAUGGUUACUUUAGUUGAUCAAGAUGGUAACGGAACGAUUGAAUUCAAUGAAUUUUUACAUAUGAUGUCGAAAAAAAUGAAAGAAACAGAUAAAGAAGAAGAAUUAAAAGAAGCAUUUCGUGUAUUUGAUCGUAAUGGUGAUGGUUUUAUAUCGGCACCAGAAUUAAGGUUAGUUAUGACAAAUCUUGGUGAAAAAUUAACCGAUGAAGAAGUUGAAGAUAUGAUACGUGAAGCUGAUUUAGAUGGUGAUGGUUUAGUUAAUUAUACUGAAUUUGUUACCGUUUUGAAUCCACCAUCCAAAGCAACCUGAAAUCGAUUUGAAUCGGGAAAACAAUCAUCAAUAAAUUCAUAACGAGCUCU